GUUCCUCCACAGAACGACAAAUAAACCUGAGGGUAAGGGUUCUGAGUUUUAUCACAAAAUUCUGACAUUUUCCCCUCACAACUGCGUUAUAAAGUCAGAAUUGCGUGAUAUACAGAGUUUAUAACACGCAAUUUUGACUUCAUAUCCCACAAUUCAGAGAUAAACUCGCAAUAGUGAGAUGAAAAGUCGCAAUUAUCUUUUUUAAUGUUUAAUUGUUCGGCGAAACAAACUUCCCUGGGUUCGGGAGCGGGAAAGACUUCAGAAAGUCCAUGAAAUGACCAGAAUGUGUUUUCCUCCCAUCAUGAACUUGUUCUGAAAGUGAUUUGAGUUUUAAUUAUGACAAAUAUCAGUAGCCUGCGGUGAGUUUCUGUCUGUUUCUCGAGUGUGUGUGUGUGUGUGUGUUUGUGUUUGUCCCCCUUUACAGCGCCGAUGUGCCAAGUUGGAUCGAGCACAAAGAGAGGAGUUCUCGUCUCAAUGUGGGACAGCAGAAAGUGGCAUCAGAGGGAAAGAGGACUAAAGACAAAAGAACGCUCUCCUCCAAUCAGACGAGCCGCUCGGCUGUUCUCAUUAAGAGUGGGAGGAGUCUUGCAGUUUUGGAGUGAUGGUGAUUCUGCUGUAAGAUUCACUGAUGAUCUGAUCAGAACUUCAGCGGACUGACCCGAUCCCGGACCCGGACCCGCAGGAGUCUGAAGACAUGGGGACGUGGACACACACACUCCACCUGGAGGCGGACAGUGACGAGUCUCUCCUGAAGCGUGAGGAACGGGUCGCGUCGGUGAAGAUGAAGGAGACUGGCUGCUCACACUCGGACUGUCUCUGUGAGUGCUUUCUGCCGGGACGACAUCAUAUCCGGUCAUGUGAUCGCUGUGAUCACGGCUGGGUCGCCCACGCGGUUGGGAAGGUGUGUCCAGCGCUGGUGUGUUCGGGCCAGGUGGAGAUCGUCCAGAGUGACGGUGUGUUUGACAUCGCGAGUCUGAUUCUGUUCGGGACGCAGGCGCUCCCGGUGCGCAUGAAGAUCCUGCUGGACCGGCUGUUCAGCGUCCUCACACACACACAGGUGCUCAACAUCAUACACACUCUGGGCUGGACGCUGCGAGACUAUGUGAGAGGAUACAUGCUGCAGGACUGCAUGGGGAAGGUUCUGGACCGCUGGGUCUCCAUGAGCCUGGAGGACGAGGUCGCGACCCUGCGGCAGUUCCUGCGUUUCGGGGAAACCAAACCCAUCGUGGAGCUCAUGUUUGAGGAGGUGCGUCCGGGAGCAGAUCCCUCCGAGGAACGAGGACACUCCCAGAAGCCAGCGUUCCCUCGGCCGCUCCCCUUGAUCAGCGCGCCGCUCUUCCCAGCGGAUCCUCAUCCGGUCCCGCAAACACUGAGCAAGCAGAGCGUGUGCGAGGCGAGCAACACGGAGAUAAACACACGGAAACACACCGAACCGCGUCUCCGUGAUCCCUCGGGAACACGCGAGCGCCGGCACGGAUCGUCCGCGGGGAAAGGCCGCGUGAGUUGCGACGAGUGCGCUAAGACGUUCUACGAUAAAGGAACGCUGAAGAUCCACUUCAACGCGGUGCAUCUGAAGAUCAAACACCGCUGUACGAUCUCCGGCUGCAACAUGAUGUUCAGCUCGCUACGCAGCCGCAACCGGCACAGCGCUAACCCCAACCCGCGCCUGCACGCUGCGCUAGAGCACGUGGCCCGCAGAUUCAGACCUGUUUCCAUGGCAACCACCAACACGCGAAUGCACGCCGCGCUCGAUCACGUGACCCGCGGACCCCCGCCUGUUUCCAUGGCAACCACCAACACGCGACUACUCACCACACUCGAUAACGUGACCCGCGGACGCACACCCGUUUCCAUGGCAACCACUGACACGGUCUCGACCGACCAUCGUCCAAGCGUCUGUGAGGCUCACAACAUCUCAGGAGGAGGAGGAGCUACAGGCAACCGUGCAGCCAAUCAGAAUGGCCGGAGUCAUUUGAUUGACAUGACGCCUCAAAAGAAGCCGCGGAAGUCCAGCACGCCGCUGAAGUUCAAGCCGGCGGUUUGCAUCGAGACUGAUGAUGAUCACGUCACAAUAUCACCACGGCGACUAGUCAACAGCCUCAGUGGCAACAAGCAUCACACGUUCAACACCCGUCACUACAAACAGUUUCCCAAGACACUGUAUGGUUACCGUAGCAACGUAGAAGAGGGAAACAAUCAGAUGACGAGAGAGUUUCUAAGAGUGGAUGAUGAACGGAAAGAGAGAUAUCGACAUCUGUUAAAGGUCAAAGAGGAGAUGUGUGAACCCACCUGUGACUGUAGAGGUAAUCGCCAUAGCAACCUGUGACUGUAGAGGUCAUCGCCAUAGCAACCUGUGACUGUAGAGGUCAAUACCAUAUUAACCUGUGACUGUAGAGGUCAUCACCUUAGCAACCUGUGACUGUACAGGUCAUCACCAUAGCAAGCUGUUACACUGUAGAGGUAAUCGCCAUAGCAACCUGUGACUGUAGAGGUCAUCGCCAUAGCAACCUGUGACUGUAGAGGUCAAUACCAUAUUAACCUGUGACUGUAGAGGUCAUCACCAUAGCAAGCUGUUACACUGUAGAGGUAAUCGCCAUAGCAACCUGUGACUGUAGAGGUCAUUACCAUAUUUACCUGUGACUGUACAGGUCAUCAUGAUAGCAACCUGUGACUGUAAAGGUCAUCCACAUGACAACCUGUGUCUGUAGAGGUCAUCACCAUAGCAACCUGUGACUGGAGAGGUCAUCACCAUAGCAACCUGUGACUGUAGAUGUCAUCACCAUAGCAACCUGUAACUGUAGAGGUCAUCCACAUAGCAACCUGUGACUGUAUAGGUCAUCACCAUAGCAACCUGACUGUAGAGGUAAUCGCCAGGGCAACCUGUGACUGUAGAGAUCAUCGCCAUAGUAACAUGUGACUGUAGAGAUCAUCGCCAUAGUAACAUGUGACUGUAGAGGUCAUCACCAUAGCAACCUGUGACUGACAGCUCGAGAUCAGAACUGACUCUGUGGUUUUAUUCUGAGCGAUUCAUCAAAGCAGGGUUUUCAUAAAAAUAAUGAAGUGUAUUUGUGAACUUGAAACAAAAUAUAUUGACUUGUAAUAAUGUUGGCUCAAAAUCUUGUAUGACAUUUAAUGCUGGUUAAUGUAAAGUAAUAAAGUUUACAGAGAUAAGAUUAUAUUACAUGCUUCAACAAUCAUGUAAAAAUAAAAAAUAAAGUUCGAACCCAAAAUCAACACAAACCUUUAAACUAGAUGUAAUUCUCCUCUAAAACCUGAUCUCUCUGACCAUUCAAAAUGUAUAUUUAUAUUGUAUUAUUAUUUGUACAUUUGUUGCAUUUUCAUCUUAGCUGCAUGUGUAUAAAAAGUGCGGAACAAUGUACAUAAAUUGAAUGUAACAAAAGACAAUAUUUAAAAAAAAAAAACAAAAAAAAAAAAACAAUACUCCAACUAUAUCUCAGGCUUUUAUUUCUACCGGGAACUGAUGUUCUUCAUUGAAUUCAGUGUUUACUUUGAAUUUGUGUUAUUUCUGUUAAUCGUCUUUAUUUCUACGUAAGACUCCAUUAAAAUAGUUCGUUCGUUCGUUACGAAAAUCUUGUAGGCUAUAAAGGAGGAGAUUUGGAGUUUACUUUUAUCUUCAUAAACCUAAUAACAUGUAAUAUCCCCCCUGAGAG